GCCAGGAGCGACGCCCAUCUCUGCCGUCCCGUACCGCUGCAGGGCCAGGAGAGUCUCCAUUCGCUCGCCCGUUCAUCCCGACGCAGCAGCGCUGGAGGCCAGCACGGAAGCCAUGCCGGAACUCACCAGUUCCAGGAAGAAGCGGGGCAUGCCGCUGCAUCAGGUCAGCAUCGAGUCGCCCGGCCCCACCAUGAAGGGGUGCGUGUUCAACUUUGACGUGCCGAUGCCGGAGGUGCCGCCGGCCGGAGCCCGUGUCAAGGUGAUGUGCGCAGGCGUGUGCUACCGCUCCAAGCGGUCCAUGUCGGUGAACAGCGCCGCCUCGCUGGCCUCCAUCGGCUCCGACGGCUCCAGCUGCAGCAACAAGGGCGUCCGUGACACCUCGCUCUUCCCCGGGUUUGAAGUGGCCGGACAGAUUGAGAGCUUCGGCGAGAAUGUGGACCCGAACUGUGGUCUGAAGAUCGGCGACAAUGUCAUCGUGUAUCCCUACGUGGGAUGCCCGGACGGGUACGCCGAGUACGUGCCCGUGGAGGACGUCAAGUACCUGGUGAAGGUGCCCAGCUCGGUGUCGAUGCCGGUGGCCUCGAUGCUGCCCAGUGGCGGCCUGUGGGCGAUGAACACUGUGUUCACCGCCCGCCAGUACGUCGAGAAGCAGCUGGCCGAGCGGGGCGAGUCUGGGAAGGUGAACGUGCUGGUGGUGGGCACUGGCGGCCUGGCGCUCUGGGCCAUCCGGAUCGGCCGCUUCUUCUUCCCCGAGUGGACGGAGGGACAGUCGGUGCGGCUGACCGUGGCUGUGCUGCGCGACGAAGGCCUGCAGAACAUCACCGACCAGGAGGAGCACAACGCCGGCGAGCAGUUUGAAUCGCCGGGGCUACACGGGCGGCUGAACAUCGUCCAGUGGAGCGAGGACUGUUACGAGAGCCAGCUGAUCGAGCGAACCAUCAACGCCUGCGAGGGCCGUGUCGACCUAGUCAUCGACUUCGCCGCCAACCCGCGGUCGCUAAAACCGUUCCCCUCAAAUGUCUAUCCAAGUAGCAGCCGGCAGGGCGGCGUGAUCGUGAUUGGAGCGGAGACGGCUCAGCGCUACGUCAGCCGUUUCGAGAGCGUGGCCCAGGCCAACGAGCAGACGAUCGUGCCCGUCGAGAUGGGCUCCCUGGACCAGCUGCACACUCUUCUGGAUCUCAUCGCUACCAAAAAAGUGGAGCCUCCGCCGUACAACCUGUUCCCGUCAGAAGAAGCUGAGUCCGUCUUCAUGAAGCUGGGCCGCGCCAAGAUUCACGGCCGCGCCAUCCUGCACUUCGAGACGAUCCCCGACGCGCCGGAGACCUGAGCAGCGCCGUCUGUGGGUCCGGGACGACGCGGACAGCGUCAUCUGUGGAUGUGGGACAAGACCGACAGCGCCAUCUGCGAGGCGGGCGUGCUAGCGACGCGCCGCGGCACGGCCGGGCGGGCAGCGGCGCUUGUGGCUUGCGUUUGGCGCCGUGCACAGGGGCCGGCUGGAGCCAGCCGCUAUUUAUCCGCAUCGAGGACUUUCAGUAGCGACUCUGUGUACCUUAUUCCGAUUGGGUGUAGUCUUGCGAGGGUGUGACCGUGCACGGAGGCGUCCGCGCGUGAGGCGUCUGCCUCCGUAUGAACGGAAUGGGACGGUGACGGACGGCGUCUGGCUGGUGGCGCCUUGCGGUGAUGGUGAAUUGUCGAGAGGACAGAGUCUUGUAACGGCAGAAAGACGUAAGUUUGCGUAGCAAUCGAUGUCUGCUUGCUAAGUGCGUGCGCUUUGUUUUGCGCGCGUUUAUGCAGGUGAACCGGAUUCUGCCUGCACAGCUUCUAUUUGCUUUGAGUCUCAACAGUGUAUUAGAGUGUGCGCUGACUCCUUAGAACUAACCUGGGCGGCAGUUGUGCAAAUGGGACCGACUGAAGCAAGCGUUAGGAGCUGCAGAUGUGUACUGAGGUAGGCAGUAGGUAGUUGUUAACGCAAAACUCGAUGGUCCUGUUGCCGGAAUGCUACAUUUUGGCGGAUAAGAUCAUUACCCAACUUCAUAUCCGGUAGGUGCCAUCGAAAAUCUGUAUUGCAAGGCAUCGCAGCGAAAUAUAUGUCGUAAGUGAAUACUGAUAACAAAAUAGAAUGAGGCGCACGGCAGGCUGA